UUCAUCAUUUAUUUCCUUUUGUAUUUUGUAGAAUAUUUUUUUCACAAAUUACAACCCCAUUAUUAUUGUGGGUAAAAUUUUCUCGUUAAUUGAUAAGGGAUGUAAUCGCUUUAAAUUUUAUAAGUUUCUCUAUAUCCAAAUAUAAUACAAAAGGAACAUUUUGUUAAGUUAUGCUGCCUUAUUUUUUCUAUUUAAAAUUGCAAUGCCCAAGAAAGGUUGCCAUCAUCGUCAUAAGAUUGUUCCUGAAGGAGAGGUAACUAUAAAAGAUUUUGCAGACAAGGCGACACAAGGUGGUCGAACAAAAAAAGUUUUAAAUAAAUCUCAACAAGUUACAACAAUUUUAAUUCAAGACAUUUUAUCUAUGGAUAUAAAUGAUGAUGACGAUGAUGAUGUAGAACGCAAAAAGUGUGGCAUAAAAAGAAAACGUAAAAAUAAAGAAAUGAUGGAUUCAAACCAUAUUUACAAUGAUUAUCAUAUAGAUAUAUGGUUUUUGAUAUCAGAACAUAUUAAACCAGAAGACACAGGCCGUUUUGCUUUGAUAUGUAAAAAAACUGAGGCUGUUGUCUGUUCGGCAAGAUAUUGGUCAAAUUUGUAUAAAAGAUAUUACAAUUCCCGAAUUGUUUUGCCGGAACGUUUAAAGCCAGACCGAAUGGAUCGCGUUGGUGGCUUAAGAGCCAGAGUAAUAUGUUCAUUAUUUUACACAUGUCCAACAUUUAGUUUACGGUUAUCAAAACCAGAUCGUUAUAAUUUAAAUCGAUUAGAAAAAUUGCAGUGUAUUGAAAUGUGGUAUCGUACCGUUAAAGAAGGUACAUGGAUGUUUUGCUAUAGAUUUUCUAAUCGAAUAAAUGUACGAAAACCCAUAUUACUAAAAAAUUACAGCUCAGAUGAUGAUGGUGAUGAUGAUGAUAACGAUGUUUUAGAUCGAUUAGAAAACUUUUUAGCGGAACAUAAUAAUAUUUUUGAAAAUCGCUACGAGGGUCAACAUUUACUUAUUAUCACAUCAGAUCGUUUUAUCCCAUUUCCAGAAAUACGUAUAGAGGGAGGUGAAAGUAAAAUAACAUUAGGAAUGAUAAGGCAACCCUUAUCAAAAGACUUAAGGCAUACAGGUUUAGAAAUGUGUUUUGUUGAUUAUAAAAAGACACCUGUUGCACGAUCAUAUUAUGAAAAAAUUUUAGAUUAUCGUACAAUUAACUGGUGGGAUCCAGAAUUUUGGAUAUUCUCUGAUUUGUAGAUUCAAGUAAUACUUUAUGUUGAAAUAUAAAUGCUUUAGUUCCACAUUUACAAAAAAUAUUUAAACUACCUUUAAUGAGAUAAUCAUGUUGAAUUGAGUUUCUUUUAUUGAAUUUAUUUUUUCUUGUAAUUAUUUUCAAUUAUUUUGUAUGCUGUUAGUU